UCUGAAGUUGGGUUUUGCUUCCCUUGUCCAAAUUCGAAGUCUUUAAUCAGCUGGUCUUGUUUUUCCGAGCUCAAUUUCACAUGGGUGCUUAGUGUUAGAAAAUGCGAGCGAUAUCCAACAUGAGAGUUUUUGUUCUGUGCUUGUUCUCGUUGCUUUGUGUGGUAGUGACCGCAUUGAACCCGUCUCUGAACGACGACGUUUUGGGGCUGAUUGUGUUCAAAGCCGACAUCCAAGAUCCGAAGGGAAAGCUUGCAUCUUGGAACGAAGAUGAUGAGAGUGCAUGUGGGGGUGGUUGGGUUGGGGUGAAAUGCAACCCUAGAUCCAACAGGGUGGUGGAGCUUAACCUUGAUGGGUUCUCUCUCUCUGGAAGAAUAGGUAGAGGCUUGCAACGCUUGCAGUUUCUGCGUAAGCUUUCACUGGCUAACAACAACCUCACUGGGGGCAUAAGCCUCAACAUCGCUAGCAUUGAUAACCUUAGGGUCAUUGACUUGAGUGGCAAUAGUCUCUCAGGGGAAGUGCCUGAUGAUUUUUUCCGACAAUGUGGGUCUCUUAGGAGUGUUUCCUUGGCAAGGAACAAGUUUUCUGGGAAUGUUCCUUCUACUUUGGGGUCAUGUUCUGCUCUUGCUUCGGUUGACCUUUCUCUUAACCAGUUUUCUGGUUCUGUGCCUCCUGUGGUUUGGUCUUUGAGUGCACUCAGGUCUCUGGAUUUGUCUGGGAACUUGUUGGAGGGUGAGAUUCCGAAAGAGGUUGAAGCGUUGAAGAACUUGCGGAGCAUUAGCUUGGCGAGGAAUCGGUUUUCUGGGACGGUUCCUGAUGAAUUUGGAAGCUGCUUGCUUUUGAGGUCUUUUGAUUUGGGGGAGAAUUCUUUUUCUGGCGGCAUCCCUGGUGGUUUCAAGGAACUCUCCUUGUGUGGUUACCUUAGUUUGCGUGGAAAUGCUUUCUCAGGAGAGAUUCCUGAGUGGAUUGGCGAGUUGAAAGCGCUUGAGACAUUGGAUCUCUCGAACAAUAGAUUUUCUGGCCAGGUGCCAUACUCUAUUGGAAAUCUUCAGUCGUUGAAGAUGUUGAAUUUUUCAGCAAAUGGUUUCACUGGUAAUCUGCCAGAGUCUAUGGCAAAUUGCACAAGACUUUUGGCAUUGGAUGUUAGCCGGAAUUCAAUGUCUGGAGGUCUUCCAACAUGGAUUUUCAAAUCAGAUUUGGACAAGGUUUUGGUAUCAGAGAACAGACCGAGUGGUAGCCUGAAAGGCCCUUUGUUUUCCUUGGCUGAAGUUGCGGUUCAAAGUCUUCAAGUUUUGGAUUUGUCUCACAAUACAUUUUCUGGUGAAAUCACGUCUGCUGUUGCAGGUUUAAGCAGCUUGCAGGUUUUGAAUCUAGCAAAUAACUCUCUUAAAGGUCCUAUACCAGCUGCAAUUGGUGAAUUGAAAACAUGUUCUAGUCUUGAUUUGAGUUAUAAUAAGCUAAACGGAAGCAUACCUUGGGAAAUAGGAGGAGCUGUGUCCUUGAAAGAACUGAUAUUGGAAAAGAACUUUCUUAUUGGGAAAAUUCCAACAUCAGUUGAGAACUGCUCUUUGUUAACAACUUUGAUUCUGUCCAAGAACUGGCUUAGUGGCCCAAUACCUGCAGCAAUUGCAAAACUUAUCAACCUGCAAUCUGUGGACUUGUCAUUUAACAACCUUACUGGAAACCUUCCUAAGCAAUUGGCCAACCUUCCCAAUCUUCUUACCUUCAAUUUGUCUCACAACAACCUUCAGGGUGAACUGCCGGCAGGUGGUUUUUUCAACACCAUUUCUCCUUCCUCUGUUACUGGCAAUCCAUCCCUUUGUGGCUCUGCAGUGAACAAAUCUUGCCCUGCCGUCCUCCCAAAGCCUAUUGUCCUAAACCCCAACACUUCUACUGACUCUGGCCCGGGCUCAUUGCCUCCAAAUUUGGGCCAUAAAAGAAUCAUCCUCAGCAUUUCUGCACUCAUUGCCAUUGGUGCAGCUGCUGUCAUUGUAAUUGGUGUCAUUAGCAUUACUGUUCUCAAUCUCCGUGUUCGGACCUCCACAUCUCGAUCUGCAGCUGCCCUUGCAUUUUCUGCAGGGGAUGAAUUCAGCCAUUCCCCAACCACAGAUGCCAACUCUGGCAAACUUGUCAUGUUUUCAGGUGAGCCUGAUUUUAGUUCUGGUGCACAUGCUUUGCUUAAUAAGGAUUGUGAGCUUGGGCGUGGAGGGUUUGGGGCAGUGUACCAAACAGUUCUUAGAGAUGGACGUUCAGUUGCUAUAAAGAAGCUCACUGUAUCAAGUCUUGUCAAGUCUCAAGAAGAUUUUGAAAGAGAGGUGAAGAAAUUAGGAAAAGUCAGGCACCAAAAUCUUGUGGAACUUGAGGGUUAUUAUUGGACUACAUCACUGCAGCUCCUCAUAUAUGAGUAUGUCUCGGGUGGUAGUCUGUAUAAGCAUCUCCAUGAAGGUUCAGGCGGAAACUUCCUCUCAUGGAAUGAGAGAUUUAACGUCAUUCUUGGGACAGCAAAGGCCUUAGCACACUUGCACCACUCCAACAUUAUUCACUAUAACAUUAAGUCAACCAAUGUCCUUAUUGAUAGUUAUGGUGAACCCAAAGUAGGUGAUUUUGGUCUAGCAAGGCUGUUACCAAUGCUAGAUCGUUAUGUCUUGAGCAGCAAAAUUCAAAGUGCACUUGGCUACAUGGCACCUGAGUUUGCCUGCAAAACGGUGAAAAUCACUGAGAAAUGUGAUGUAUACGGGUUUGGAGUCUUGGUCUUGGAGAUUGUUACAGGGAAGAGGCCUGUUGAAUACAUGGAGGAUGAUGUGGUGGUACUUUGUGACAUGGUGAGAGGGGCUUUAGAAGAGGGCAGGGUUGAGGAAUGUAUUGAUGAGAGGCUCCAAGGGAAGUUCCCAGCAGAAGAAGCUAUUCCUGUGAUGAAGCUAGGCUUAAUAUGUACUUCUCAAGUGCCAUCUAAUAGGCCUGACAUGGGCGAAGUGGUUAACAUAUUGGAGCUGAUAAGAUGUCCCUCAGAAGGACAAGAGGAGUUGGGAUGAAUUAACUAGUAAUUUUCUCUUUAGUAGAAGGAUAGAAAAUGGGUUGUCCGGGGAAGAAGAAUCCGGUUUUAUUUAUUAGAGAGAGAGAGAGAGAGAGAGAAAGAGAGAGAGAGAUUAUUUGUUGAAAAAUGUUUACUUUUCAUUGUAAUAUUUUUCUUGUUAGUCUCUAGUUGUUUGUUUUAAGAUUUCUCUGUUAUGCUAC